CAUAAUUUAUACCUCUCUUGAGAAACCCUUCCUUCCCCAAAACCAGGGUCACAAGCUAUUCUUACCUGACUAAGCAAGUUACACUCUGAAUCUCCCUUACUCUCCUCUUUCCUUUUUCUCUCAUCGAUUUCUCAUGACAAUUCACAAACUAAACCUCUUUUCAUCAUCACUUGAUUUCAGACAACUACUCUCCAACAAUACACGGGGAGUUUACCUUUUCAUUUAUGUCAAAUGUCCAAAUCCAAAUUAACCCAUCACCAUAAUCAUCAAAUUAAUCCUUUCAUCACUUUCUUCUCUCUUUUCUUGCUCUCUUCUUCCAUUCUUUCCUCCAAUCUCCCCUUCGCUUUCCUUCAUCAUUGUCAGAUUCUAACAUUCAUAGGCGUGAUCCAUUGCAGCAUUUUGAGUUCUAUCAUGGAGGUUACAAUCUUCAAAGCAAACAUUACUGGGCUUCGGCUGUUUUUACGGGAGUUCAUGGGUAUGCAAUGGCGGGAGUGUGGAUGUUAUGUGGAUUAGGAUUUGGGAUUUUCUUGAUUAUCAAGAACUAUUAUUGGAGCAGCAAUAAUCAAUUUUCUUCGGUUAAUCAAUCAAAAUAUUCGAAAUUUUCAUAUUAUUUGGUGUUCUUCCUGCUGCUAUUUUUCACGCUCCUUGCCAUGAUUGCCACAGGAUUCGUGAUAGCAGAAAACCAGAAAAGUCUUCAUACAACAAAGAAACUGAAAGAAACAAUUCUAGGGGCAGGCAAUGAGGCACGCAGAACAAUUCACAAAAUAAACAAAGUAAUGACCAACAUAAAAGCCCUCCUAACUCCAUAUGAUCAAGAAACUUGCAUUCUAUUAGACGCCACAAGUCUACAACUCGGAAAUGAAUCUCACAACAUCAAAAAAUUUAUCCAAAAGAACGAACAUUCCAUUGAUCAAGCUACUUGGGCUCUGUACAUAACAAACCUUGUAGUUGUGACCGUUAACUUGUUAUUUUUGGUUGCUAGUGUAGUUUUGAUCUUGUUACACUGGCACCCAAGAUUCUUCAUUCUUAUAUUCUUUUGCUGGAUAUUAACAAUGGCAUGUUGGUUUUUGACUGGCAUAGAUUUCUUUUUUCACAAUUUUGCAGAAGAUACGUGCACAGCACUUGAAGAUUUCAAAGACAACCCUGUGAAUAGCAGCUUAAGCUCAUUACUGCCUUGUGCAAACGCGUUAAAAUCACAAACUGUCAUCACCGUACUUGGCCAAACUGUCCAUGAUAUUAUACGCCUAAUGUUAACACAGUCUAUUGUUGCGAUAUAGUAGUCAUUUGGUUAGACGUAUGUACAAUAAUGUAUCAAUUUUUCAGCUUGAUUGUUAUAAAAUACGAAGUAAUGUACAUUGUAAUAUGAAAAUGCAGUUGAAUCUAAACAUGAAAAUAAUGCCCAAGGAGCUUGGAUUAGAUGAAUUGCAUUAUGAAAAUGCUUUUGGAGAUAGGAAAAUUUGUGAUCCUUUUGCUGGUCCACCUGAUUACAAGUAUCUAGCUGGUAAAUGCCCCAAGCAUGCCAUUCCAAUUCGCGAAUUACCUGGUAUUCUUGCUAAAUUUACGUGUGACAAUGAGUUAUCAUCCUUGGAGUCGUGUAAAGGCAAGGGGAAAUUUCUUCCGAAACCAACUUAUUUGAUGGCAUAUGCUUACAUUCGAUCAAUUGAAUACUUGACUAAUGUUUAUCCUGAUUUGGAGAACCUUAUUCAUUGUUCAUUUGUCAAAGAUCGGAUAUCCGAUGCGGUCAUGCACCAAUGCAAGCCAUUUAAGGUCUCUACAUAUGGUUUAUGGAUUUCGAUACUCUGUCUUUCAAUAAGCAUGGUGAUUUUGGUGUUACUUUGGGUGGCUAAAGUUUACCAAGGUCACAGAAGAAGCUUCUCAAAGUGUUCCAUCAUACCAAGAUAUCAAGAACCCUAAAGGGUUAGCCAAACAUUUGAACAUAAACAUACACUAAUACACAUUGCAUAAGAUUAGGCACUUUUUUUUUUAUUAAUUGAUUUAUUUUAUUUAUAUAUUGAGUUAUAUUCUUCAAUAAACUUCUUGUAAACUUGUAAAAAAACAUGUAUACAAUGAAAAAUAAGGAUCGGAGAAGAGUACAGGAAGAGGGGAUAA